ACUGAUACACUAAUAUCUUGCCAUCCAUGAAAAGAUUAAUCAAUUGCUUUAUAUCUAUAUAUGUUGUUUAAAUAAUAUUCAAUCAAAUGAUAUUUUAUUUUCCUUUUGUAAUCAUUACUCUGUUUGUGAUCAAUUCAAUCAAUUAAUUGUACCACAACAAUUUUCCUCGAGUUAAAAUUACGCGCAAGUCUAACACGUUGUAGAAAUGAAUAGCUAGAUGGCAUUGGAGAAAUUGGAUUGACAGCAAAACAAAUGGAUUGAACCUUUAAUAGGAAUAUUGUUUUCUUUCAAUAUUUAACAACAAUUAAUAUUGAUAGUGAAGAAAAUGGAGAAAUUUAUUUGUGUGAUCAAUGAAAACAUGGAACGAAGCAUAUUCCUAGCCAGCUCAUUUAACCUGCAUAAGGAAAAUUAUGCAAUUGGAGAUAAAAUGUACCACAGAAAUGGAUCUUUCUUUUUUUUUCUUAGUUCAGCGAUUGAAGCUAAAUCACUUGAGCCUUUUCUUGAAGAUUCUUACAAAAUUGAUGCGGUUGUACUCGAGACUCUUAAAAGGGAGAAGGAGGAAAGAGAACGACAAAGGCAUAAAGAGGAACAAGAGAAGAAUAGAAAAGAACAGGAAGAAGAUGAUUCGAAUAGAAAACACCCAGAAGAAUAUUUUAUACAAGAAGAUCAAAGACGUGCCAUAAAAGAAGCUCUCAACAAUCAGACCUUCGUUCAAUUUAAAUCAUACGCUGAGCAACAAUAUCCAAACGAUUUAGAUCAACAGAAAAUCUUAAUCACUAAACUUCAAGAGCAACAUUAUGAGCAAUAUAUGCAACAAAUUGUGCAACAAAGGUUAAUUAGCGAUAGGAUGAAUGGUCGAUCAUCAAUUUCAACACCCUCUUCUCCUUCAUCAUCCCAAUCCCAGAAACUUGAAUCUCCAUUAAUACGAAAAGAGGAUGGCCAAACUUAUUACCAAUCAACGACAGGUCAUUCUAACAAUUUGCAUUCCACCUCUUCGCCAACUAAGAGCGUCUCAUCACCAUCUUCGUCCAGUGGAUUUUAUUCAUCACCAUCAUCAGCCACUCCAACGUCCAGUUUAAUCAGAAUCAAUAGUUUAACUCAAUCAACCUUUCAAGAAGGACCAGAGGAUAAAUCAUCACUUAGAAAAUAUAAAAUGACCGAGAAAACCGAUGAAAGUCAUAGUACAAUCCGAUCUGAAGGAAAUGAAACUACUGGUAAAGUGAAAAAUAGUGAGGAUGUUGGAGCCAAUGGAGAUGAGAUCGAGGGAGAUAUCGAUGAAAGUGGUCCAGAAGAUUAUGAUUCAGUUGAAAGUCCGAGAAUGUGGACAACCAAAGAUAUUGUUAAUUUUAAAGAGUCAAUUCGUUCAAUCAAUGGCGAUGGUAUUAUUAAGGUGGGUCAUGGUGAGAUUGUUACUGUUCGGGUUCCAACUCACCCUGAGGGAACUUGUAUAUUCUGGGAAUUUGCUACCGACAGUUAUGAUAUUGGGUUUGGUUUAUUUUUCGAAUGGACCAAAAAUCCUGGAACUCAGGUUUCAGUUCAUAUCUCAGAAUCGGAGGAUGAUGAUGAAGAUGAAGAAGAUGAAUGUAUUGGUCCAAACAUUGAAGGUAAUCCAGCAACUGAUCCGGAAAAAGGUUCGCAUUCAUCAAAGUGCAUUAGUCCUGAUGAACUUCCAACCGCAGUUAUUUUACCAAUUUAUCGAAGGGAUUGUCAUGAGGAGGUUUUCGCUGGAAGUCACGCUUAUCCUGGAAAAGGUGCUUAUCACCUUAAAUUUGACAAUUCUUAUUCUCUUUGGAGAUCUAAGACUCUUUAUUACAGAGUUUAUUAUACCAAAUGAAUUUGAGAGAAGCUAAAAAACAGAAAUUAUAUAUUUCAUUUACUAAUUUAAAAAGAAUUUUAAAAUUGUAUUAAUCAUUUCAUCUGAUUAUAACAGAAGAAAACUAAGAAAUCCAAAAAAAACAUUCGCAAUCUAAUUCUUUGCUGAUUCUAUUACUAAAAUCAGGGAGAUUUCAACAAGUUAAACUAAAUGACAAAAUAUUUUGUUCCUUUCGAACGGCUCAUCAAUAAAACUGUUCAGCUGAUGAACAAUUUGUUUCACUUG